AUGAAUCUUCCUGAGGAAAUCUUAGUGGAAAUUCUCUCAAGGCUUCCGGUUAAGUGUCUCCAUCGUUUCAAGUGUGUAUCCAAAUUGUUUACCUGUUUAAUAUGUGACCCCCACUUCCACAACAAACACCUCCGACAUGCCCAAAGUUGUAGCAAUUUGGAAUCUAAAAGACUGCUUGCUAAUAUUGAUUUUGAUCUCAGGGUAUCUUGCUCGUUAUUUUCUGCUUGUUAUAACAACAGAAAUAUCGCCUGGAGACCUAACUAUGCUGCUAGCAAUGAUAAAAUUAGGAAAAAUUCCAUAUCGGUGGCUGUUGUUUGCUCGCAUGUUAACGGUUUAUUCUGCGUGUCUUUUGGACCCCCGUCAGGUUGUUUUGAUUGGUUUGAGAUAUGUCUUUGGAAACCUACCAUCAAUGAGUUAAGACGACUUCCCAAUUCUUCUUCACUGAGUCAUGAGGAAACAGAACCCCAUUAUGGGUUGGGUUAUGACUCAGCCAAUGAUGAUUAUGUAGUUGUGAGGCUCAUCACAAAUCUAAAUGAUAUGGUUACGAAGAAAAGGUCUAUCAGAGUCGAAUUAUAUUCUUUGAAAACUGAUUCUUGGACGCCUAUUUAUCAACCAUUCCCUUACACUAUGCUUCAUGAUCUUAGAGACACUUAUUUUGACUGUCACUUUGUGAACGGUAGAUUCCAUUGGAUGGUCCUUUGUGACAAAUCCAAUUAUCAUGAUUUCUCACCAGUGAUUGUGUUCCUAGACUUGUCAAACUAUGAAUACAAAGAUAUACCACAACCUAAUUACACAAAGGUGCCAAAUACUUUAGUAAGUUGGAAAGAUGCCAUUGGUAUAGUUGUCCUAGAUGGUCGGCUUUGUGUCUGCUGCAAUUACUUUGAACGCGGUUCUUUUGAUUUGUGGACAAUGAAAGAUUAUGGGGUCCAUCAAUCUUGGACGAUGAUGCUCUCUAUCCCUACUAUAGAUGGUAUUCUGGCAUCUCUUAAUUUGUCAUCUUGGUAUUUGGUUCCGUUGUACUUGUUUGAAAAUGGCGAUGUUUUGCUCAAGACAGGCAAAAUCAGAUCAACCGGAGAACGCAACAUAUUGGUCUACAAGAAAACCAAGAAAGUAUUCGAGCCAAUUCUACUAGGAGCUAGUAAUGUCUAUACAGAGACCAAUGUCCCCACUGUAAACCACUGA